CGUGACUGACUAUUCCGUCCACACACUGGGAUUUUUCCUGUUGACUUCUGUUGUAGCAACCGUCUGAUAAACAAGCUCCAGAUUAUACCAUUUCACCAAUCUGGAACAAUGAGCCAGCCACACAUGACUGAGGAAUGGACAGGGAAAAAAACAAUUGAGAAAUAUUUAUCUGGAAAGACUUUGAAAGAGGAAAUUUGGAUGCCUUUGGGAUCUUGUUCUCUUGAGUCAGUUAGUCAAAACUAUGCACAAGUCAGAGAGCAAAAUGAAAAGUUAACUGCUAUUUCAAGCCCCAAGCAGCUGUUAAUUGACAAGGUGCUGGCCAGGCGCAGGUUUGAUCAGCUUGUAAAGGAAAAGGAACAUCGAGCACGAAGCAGGAAGUUGAAGGAAAAGCAAGAAAGCUUGAAGCAGGAAUUGCAUAAGCUACAGUUGCAGAAGAAGCACUUGGGAACAGAAUUUACUGUUCCCUCAUGCACACAUGAUGACCAGAGUGCUCUGCAGUUUCGAAUUCUUCAGACUAGGAACAAUCUUCCCACUCUGGAAAACAGAAUCCAAGAAUUAAGAAAAGAAUAUUUCAGAAACAGAGAGAAAAUGCUAACAUCAUAUAACAAAGAUUCUAUAUUUCAAGGAGCAGAACCUUACCACAUCAGACACAUCAACAUGGUUCACUCAAUGCUCAAUGAUAUGAUUGAGAAUUUGUUGGAUGACUAUACCCGAAAAACUCCAGAUAAAAUGAACACCUUCACUGCUGAUCAGUUUUCGUGGAAAACUUCAGAUGAAGCUGACAACGUAUUGAAGGAAGUAAUGAUGGAUAGAGUUGCCAAUCUUAUUGUGGAGCAGUUUGUUUUGGAGAUUACACAUGAGUUGUCCAGUGAAGUGGCUCAAGAAUUUUUCAUUGUAAACCAAAUGAGUCGAUCACUAGCAUUUGAUGUUAUCUUUAAUGCAGUCCAGGAAGUGGGAAAAGAGAGACAAAAGCAAAGUCAGAAUGAAAAACCCGCGGCUUCAGUUGAUCAUCUGACAACUUGGCUGUUGGAACAGCAAAACGAUCGAGAGCUACACAGAAAAGGAUUAUGGGGUCACAUUCUCUCUGUUCCUGCCACAGAAAUACCAAGUGAUGUCCAUCUCCAACAAGAAAGAAUCUAACCAAGUCCCCAGGAUAUUCAACCACAUUGCCACCAUUGAAUCUCCAUUCAUCAAUACCCUCUGGAUUAUCAUUAACUACGAAUUUGACUGUAUCAACAACAUAAAUACUAUGGUGUAACUCAUGUUCAGUCUCUCAAAGUUCAGUCAUUGUCUACAAGGCACCAGUCAGGAAUUUGUUAGAGUACUUGCCUGGAUGAGUGUGGUUCCAACAACACUCAAGAAGCUCCACACCAUCCAGGACAAAUAACGCACUCAAUCUCGUCCCAUCCAUGACCUUAAAUAUUCACUCUCUCCUCCUCUAACACACAUCGGUAGCUAUUUGUACAAGAUGCAUUGCUGCAACUUGACGAGGCUCCUUUAAUGGCUCUUUCCAAACAACCUCUACCACCUGGAGGAAUGAGGGCAUUGAAACAUCACACAAGAUUCCCUCUAGCAGCAAACCAUCCUGACUUGGAACUUUAUCGUUGUUCACUCACUGUUGCUGGGCUGCGAUCCUGGAAUGGCCUCUCCCCACAGUUCUGUUGAUGUACCUAAUAUGCACAGACUACUGUGUUAUGAGAGGCAAUUCACCACCGCCUUGUCAAGCUCAGUUCAGGAUGAGUAGUUGUGACCUUGUGACCAAUACCUACAUCCUAUGAAUGAUUUUUAAAAGAAAUAUAUAUUGCUAAGUUGAUGAAACAAAAGAGAGGAAAAGAAGACUGCAGGUUGAUGAUGCAUGGAGAUCUGAUGGUGUUUGACUUAAUAAACAGUGACAAUAG